UGGUCAGCAUGGAUGAGUUGGGGCAACGGAUUUGUUUCUGUGCUGUAUGACUUUAUGACUCUAUCUCCCCGUAACCUGGGCGAUAGUGAGGUUAAUCCACCGUCAGGCUUGUUUUUCUAAUAAGAAAGCACACCCACAAUCUGAUAAAACCUAUGUCAACUUUAUUUAUUCACGAAACCUCUCAUAAUGCCAAAUGCCAUACUUAAAUUAUAUUUUUAGCUUUUCUUGUGAGCAUUUUUAAGUUAAAACAUAAUGUUCAAUAAUCCAAGUAUUGCCAGAAGUCUAUUUCUGUAAAUAAGUUGUCUUCUGUUUACUUUUUGUAUUAGCUUUAGAUGAUAAACUUGUAUGCCGCCUGAUGAAAUGAACUAAGAUAAAUUUUCUUCUCAACGACUAUUUACAUGCAGAGAGAAUACUUUAUCUACACCGAGCUGCACUUGAACUGUUCUGCAAAGCUUUAAUUCAACAGGGGAUUUUACAUCUGUUUUCCUUUUUAUCUUAAGUGGGAAUGGCUAGGUUGUUAACAUAAUUGAAUGUAGAGUCCAGUAAUCAAUCAAUUCUAAGCUCCAUGAAGUCCUGUCCCUCAAAUCAAGUAACAACUAUUAGAGGCUUUUAAUACCUUGGUACAGGUUUUUUAAUAGACACAAUUUGUAAUAUACAGCAGUAAUAUUAUUAAGUUCUUGUGAUUGUCCAGCAUAUGUUGUGUUUAUUUCAUGUGGGGUUUGGAGGCGGGUCACAGAUUUAAGUUGUGAACAGAACUUGGAGGACAAAGAACGUGAGAAGAGAGAAACAUUUAACAAUUCUGAAUGACUCAGUUUAGGCAGUAUUGAAAAGGAACAAUGUUUAGGAACAAGAGUCGGUCAUUCAGCCCACUGAACCUGUUCUGCCAUGUAAUAUGGUCAUGACUGAUCAAACACUUUUAAAUUUUACAGAUUCAAACCCUCUCAGUAAAAACAAUUCUCAUCUUGGUUGAAAGUGACAUCCUUUUUCUUAAAUUAUGCCUUCUGGUUCUAGACUGUUUAACCAAGUGAAGCAUCUGCAUCUACCUUGUCUAUUCCUUGAGUUUUUUGAGAAUGCCUUUCAUUCUUCAAAAUUCUUGAGAAUAGAGGCCCCUUUUCAUAAGACAUUCCUGCCAUCACAACAAGAAAUCUGGUGAACCUUCAUUGCUGUCCCUCUAUGAUAAAGAAUCCUUUGAGGUGCAUACCGAAACUGCACAUUAUUCUAUAGGUACAGUCUAAAGAAGCACCUUUACAAUUGAAGCAGAUGUCCUGCAACAAAAGUGAACUGAAGAAAAAUGACAUGAAGCCCAAAAAUAUUGAUGAACAGGAAAUUCCAUACAAAGUCCGUGAGAUAAUGAGGUCUCAGGAGAAAAUGAAGAAGCAGCUGAAUAAGCAGAAGAGAAAGACUGAAAAGCCAAAGAGAAAACCUACAUCAAUGGCUAAAGAUCUCCAUGGAGACAUACCAGUUCCAAAGUUUAAGAGGCGCAAACGAGAAUCCGAGAGAGCCUAUAUUCAGCGCAUGGAGGAGGAAACUCAACAUGUGAUGUUUAUGACCAAAAAUCAACUGGCUCGUUGUCCUGAGUUAGAGACCGAGAAGGAAGAACAGACAAGCGGUGUGAAAUCAAAGUCUGAGAAAAAGAAAGAGUCUGACAAGAAACGGUUGGCAAAGUUUAUUAAAAAGAGAGCUGAAAGAAAAAUGAUGAAAUUGGAGAAAGAAAUAUUUACAGAUACUGUGAGAUUUGGAGAAGUGGCCAUGCAGCCCCCUACCCUCACGGCUAAACCCAGGAAAAGCCAAACCAAUCAUCAGCCUGGCCAGAGACAGUUACUUCUGAAGUCUCUGAUUCAGCAAAGCGAGUGUUCUUCAAGUCAGAAAGUGGAAGGUACCCAAUACAGUAAACUACCCACCAUGUCAAUGGCCCGCCAAAGGAUGAUGUUAGAGGAGAGGGAGAGGAUCAUUAAAGCUUACAGAACACUGAAGAAGCAGAAACAGCAAAUUCUGUCCCAGAAUAAAGAUAGCAUGGAAAAGCUGAAAAACCCAAAAUAGUCAAUCUCAGGAUGGACCUAUUUGAUGCACUGAUUCAGGGGCUUGCUGGAACUGAUGAGGACAGAAUGUUCUGGAACUGUUGCUUAAUAAUUGAUUUUUUUUGAAAACUGUGUUAAUAUGUGCAGUAAAAGAUCUAGACUAUGGUCAACCUACUAAUGAAGAGAUCCAUUUUGGAACCAAACAUUUAUACCCGGAAUUUUUAAACAUGCCUGCCCGCUGUAGGUAACUAUGGAAAUGUACAACUGCAAUUGAGACCCUGCUAGUCUGUCUUAAAUGAUAACUAUUCAAAUAUAUUGGUAUACUUGAUGUGUCCCUGAGCUAACUGUUGUGGAGUGUUUCUGAAUUAUCUUCCUGUGCCCUUGUUUCUUAUUUUUAUUUUAUUGGAUCUGUUUAUUUUGGUCUGAUGAGGGUUGACCAUUUGAAGGGAUCAGGGCAUUGCUGUCAAUUUUUAGUUAUAAGGAUGCUUUUUUUAAAAAAAUCCUUUUCAUAUUAAAAAGACACAAGUUUUGAAAAAUGUCAAUACCAAAGUUUUAUAUUAUAUAAUCCAUCCAAACAUAAAUGGCCUGUGCCCAG